GUGAAAAUUAACAUUGAAAUUUGCUCGGCUGAUAUUACCCGGUUAAUUGUGAAACCAUUUGUUUCUAAUAUUUUUCUUGUACUUAUGUAAUACAACGAUUAAUAGAGAUGCUUAAACAUCUAUCUGCAAAUGCUAACCAAAAAAGAGAAACUAUUGAUCCGCCCCUGGCAGAUGCAACGGUAUUACAACCAUCGGGUUAAGGUGGAAACCGCUGCCCCGGCAAUUGAUUUUCACCCACCACCGGAACGAGCGCACAUAACGCAAAAGUUAAAGAAAUUGCAAAAGGAGCGCGAGCGGACGGAGAAAAUCGAACGCGACAACAUUCGUCUGCUGCAACGACUCGGGGCAAUCAUGAGCAAGAAACGGUUGGACAAUAUUUGGACCCAUGCUAGACCAAAUUUUUUGAGCCGAGAGUACAUCUAUCCUAUUCGCCCAAAGACAACCGGAGCAGAGCUGGACUACAACCGUCGAAGGUCUUUGUCGCUGAGAUCUUUGGAGGAUUUAGAUCAACCAACUGAAGCUGCGAAUAAUCGUCCAACGCGAUGCAGUGCCUGCACCAAACAACCAUAUAAAUCAAACAAAGUAGUACCUGAGGAAAGAAUGCCUUGGGCACCACAACGGAAAACCUCAAACCGAAAACACAUCAACGAGGCAGAAUUAGAAACUCAUGUCUGCUGUAGAUUCUGCUGCUGCAAGUGAAUCAUUUAUUUUUCUCUAAUAUUUGUGUGCAAACUAAAUAAAGGCAUUUUUGGUCAACUAA